GGGAUUCCCCACUUUUUAGCUUGUGGUUGUGAGUCCUGUCCAACUGUCACCACUAGCUACUUUGGAUUGGUAAUUAUUCAAGAGUUGCGGAGAUGACGGGUCAAGUUUACUAUGUUGGAGUGGAUGUGGGCACUUCAAGUGUACGGGCUGCAAUGUUUGAUGAAGUAGGAAAUGCUGUAAAAACUAAAACAAAAGACCUGAACAUCUACAAUCUUCUUCCUAAUCACUAUGAACAGUCUUCUGCAGAAAUUUGGGAGUGUGUUUGUGAUAUGAUCAAGAAUGUUACAAAAGAUGUUUCACCUGAUAAAAUCAAAGGAAUAGGAUUCGAUGCAACAUGUUCACUAGUUGUGCUCGAUGAAAAUUUUAAUCCUCUGUCAGUCAAUGGUGAAGGUGAUAUUAAAAGAAAUGUGAUUAUGUGGAUGGAUCAUCGUGCUGGAAAUCAAGCAGAUUUUAUUAAUAGUACAAAUCAUGAAGUUCUGAAGUAUGUUGGUGGAAAAAUAUCACUCGAAAUGCAGCCACCUAAAUUAUUGUGGUUAAAGCAAAAUCUUCCAGAUAAUUGUUGGAAGAAAGCAGCUCAUUUCUUUGAUCUUCCAGACUUUUUAACUUGGAAAGCUACUGGUGUUUGCAGUAGAUCAAUUUGUUCAGUUGUAUGCAAAUGGACAUUUUCUAAUACCAAAGGAUGGAGUGAGAGUUUCUGGUCACAAAUUGGACUGUCAGAAUUGAAAGAAGACAAUUUCAGAAAAAUUGGCUCUGAUGUUCGACAAUUAGGACAGUCUGUCAGAAAUGGGAUUUCUGAGGAAGCAGCAAAAGACACUAAUCUGAAUAUUGGCACCCCUGUUGGUGUAUCCGUCAUUGAUGCACAUUGUGGAGGAAUAGGAACAAUUGGGUGCAGUUUAAAAGACAGUGAUUUACAAUUCGAUACAACUAAGAUCACUAACAGAAUAGCACUGAUAUCUGGAACAUCCUCUUGCCAUAUGGCACUUUCAGAAAAACCAUUGUUUUUACCUGGAAUUUGGGGACCAUAUGGCUCGGUAAUGAUUCCAGAAUAUUGGCUGAAUGAAGCAGGACAAAGUGCAGUAGCAAGUUUGUUAGACCAUGUUGUGCAAUCACACCCUGCAUAUGCAGAACUGAAAAAAAUUUCAAUUGAGAAAAAUCGGCACAUGAACAGCAUAUUGAACGAUGUUCUCCAUGACAUGGCAUCCAAAGAGGGUCACGACUCCAUAGAUAUAAUGACAAGGAAUAUUCAUGUUUGGCCAGAUUUUCAUGGUAAUCGAUCUCCUCUCGCUGAUCCAACUAUGACAGGAAUGAUUUGUGGUCUAACAUUGGAUAAGAGCAUUAAUGGAUUAGCAUUACUUUACCUGGCUACUCUACAAGCUUUGGCACUUGGAACUGUUCACAUACUCAAUACAAUGAGAGAUGGAGGUCACUCUUUCAAUAUUAUUUUUCUUUCUGGAGGAUUGCAAAAAAAUUCUCUAUUCACACAGAUCCAUUCCAAUGCAACAGGUCUUCCCAUUGCUUUGAGCAGAAAGACUGAUACUGUGCUGCUUGGGGCUGCGAUUCUAGGUGCAUGUGCUUCAGGAAAUCAUAGUUUGAAGGAAAUGAUGAAUAAAAUGUCACACCUUGGCAAGAUAAUAAAACCUCAACAAGAACUGCAAACUUUUUACAAAAAGAAAUAUGAAGUGUUUCUGCGAAUGGCAGAAUUUCAAAAAGAAAACAAAAAAAUAAUGAUGAUAAAAUAGGCUUCAUGUGAUCAACGUAGUUAAAAAUCUUCAAUGAAAUCUCAGAUGGAAAUACAUCAUAAUCUAUGCUUUGGGAUUUAUCUAAAAUUAGCUAGUACAUGGAUUAUAUUAAAAUAAAAACAGUGAAAUAAACCAUUUUAACAAACUGAUGCAGUAUUUAUAGAGGUAUGUUUACCAUAU